CUCUUAACCGACGUUAUGGCCUCUUGUUCAACUUCAAAUCACAGUUCACCAUCUGGCAGUUUGCUUCCCCAAAUUUUAUCUAAGCAUCGACCGCUUGAGUUCCCUGUGAAUACCGCUCCUUCGCCUGAAAGCAAUCUGUCGAACAACGACUACAUUCUUAGUGAUUGCAAACUCAUCGCGGCGAUGGAUGAAAAAUUUCUUGAACUUCUGCCUCACUUUGAAGCUCUAAAGAGAAGCCAGUGUUACAUCAGGAAUUUCCUUCGAAGAAAGGCAGAAAAAGUCAGAAGAGGUGAAAACGUCGACGACAACUCAACAGACUGGACGGAAGACGGCAUGGGCUUCGCCGAAGAAAAUGAUGGCCAAUUAGUUACUCCAGUAAUUCUACUUCCACGGUUCUUUGAAAGUAAAGCCGAAAUGGCGAAGCUUGAAAAUCGCUCAUUUGUCUUUAAACUUUGGCUUCGUAGAAUAAAUAUUACAAGAUGUGAGAAUUACGACGAAUACAUCUCCCUUCAGGAUCUUGAGCACGCCAUUUAUGAAGUCCAAGAAGCUAUUGAGGAAUAUAAAGAAUUUAUUAUCAUGAACUUCUACAACAUGAAGAAGCUAGAGGAAAUGGGCCCUUUCUUUGCAGACCGCCAGGAGGCAUCAAUAAAUAAGGUUUUAGAAGAGCAAGAAAAGGCAAGUUUUAAAUUGACGAUGGAGGAUAUUGACCGGUUUCAUUGCCCUAAUGCUCGACUAAGCGCUUUGCUUGGUCUUAAACUAGACUUCCUCGACCGUCUCAAGGAAGUGCCAACAGAACAUUGUGAGCAUCGAACUCUUGGCGACUGGAUUGUUACCUUUUUACGCAACAACAUAAUUCGAGAAACGUUCACAUCCAAAGACAACAACGUAGUUACGAAGGAAUUGCUUGAAGCAAUCGGUUUUGACCCCCUAAGUACUGCAGUUGAAUCUAUCAUUUCGCGUUCAAGAAACAUGCAACGUCACAUCGAGGCAUACGAGUGGGCAGAGAUUUUUAUUAGAGAUGAAGUUAAGUACCAUCCUUUGCUGUAUUCGCUACCAAGUCCCUAUCCUUUCCAAGCCAAUUUAAUUAACUCGUGGUUUCAACUGCCAAGUAGAACAGAUGAAGUAAGCGAAUGUGAAAUAGACCCAUGCCAAGUUAACAUCAUGAACCUCGUGACAGAGGAAUCCAAAGCGAGUAAUACCACUCAGGCCAUCCUUGAUGAAUUUUUGCCAAGAGAAGAGCAACUGCUUUAUCAUGGUACAGAUCACUUCAGCGCAGCCGACAUCUUACUCCGAGGGAUAGAUCUGAGCGCUGGGCGGCAGAAGCGUGAUUUUAGCUGCGGAUCAGGCUUUUACUUAACCAACAGUUUAGACAGUGCAUUAAACUGGGCCAAAAGCACCACAGCCAAACCAGCCAUUCUGGUUUUCAAAGUAAAUGGCGAUAUUUUAAACGACGCAAGACCACUAAAUUUGAUCAACAACGAGGAAAGAUGGAGUGAAAUUGUAUCGUCCUUUCGAUCGGGUCGAAGAACGGCAAAAACGCGGAAGAGUUUGAAUUCAUUUGACUUCAUCGAAGGUCCUGUGGCUACAUUAGCAUCCAGCGAAUCAUCUGAGGAGGUUGUCUUUGAGCCAAAACCCUCGUCCCAUCAAAUAUGCCUGAUAUCAGACGAAUUUGGAGAAACAUUCCACCAAACUCUUCAUUCUAUAAUAUUCUACUACUUUUCUUAACUGUGCCUAGGAACAUAAUUCACUGAAGGCUUAAAAAAAGGAAAAUUAUCAUGCUGUUCACAGAGAGUGCUUGUUUUCAAAACUGAAUGGCUGAACUUGGUUGCAUAAGUUUUUGAAAACUUUAAGAUUAUUAAACCUUUAAGCCCUAAGCGUAGUCAGCAUCAAAUGUUUUAUCAAGGUUUUGUAAAUCAGAUUGAAGAACAUUAUCAAAAUGAUGAAUUUAAUGCAUACUUUAAACUUCUCCCCACCACGUCCAUGUUUAGGGGCGACACAUAAUAAUUAGUUUUGAUAUUAGGGCUUAAAGGGUUAAAGAUUCACACCAUGAAAACAUGUGACAUUUGAAUCUUGUCAUUAGAAACUAAAUGCUUCUUUUCAAGUUUUAAAUGCGGAAUAUGCAAUAGCAGGUUUUUUUCUACGAAAAUAUUUUGUGUAAAAAUGAAAGUGGAAAUGCUAAGAUUUUAAAAGUUUAAACUUCCAGUGUAAAAAUGUGCAAAACGAGAUAGGAUUUAGUUAAUUAUGUUCGGUACUCGUCAGUACCAGGAACGUCUUAUAAAGACUAGCAAUUCCACUGGCAUGAGACAAAAUCGAAAGGCCAGCAAAUCUUUUACCGCCGGUCUUUUGCAAUAGAAUUCGCUUGCUCAUGUAUUACAAGUUCAGUAGUAAAUGAAUUGAAUUAAAUCUCAC